AUGAAGAUAUGUCUACGCAAUCUCGGUGACCCUGGAUAUCAACAAAGUAUUGGUCAGGAACUUCGUGUUAGUCAAGCAACGGUAUCUCGGACUGUGGAUAGAGUUGUGAACAGCAUAGUUGCACAGUCGAACGAAUGGAUCAAGCUUCCAACUACCAACCAUGAACUGAUGGAGGCCAAGCGGAUAUGGCAAAACAUGUUUUAAAUUUCCGACAGCAAUUGGUGUAAACCAAAUCGCCAUGGAGAUGAGUGUAUCAACCGAAAAGGGAAACCUACUUUAAAUGUGCAAGCCACUUGUGAUGCCAGAGAGAUGUUCACAAGUGUUGAUGUCAGUUGGCCUGGAUCAGUGUAUGAUUCCAUAAUAUGGAGAAAUUCACAGACUAGAUCACAGCUAAUAAAUAAAGCAAAUGUUGACUACUUGGCGAUGACGUAUUGGUAUUGGUAUUGAGCCAUGGCUUAUGACUCCCUUCAGAAAUCCUACCACAGGUGCAGAAAUAAAUUAUAAUAAGCUUUUAAAACAAGAAACAGUUAUAAUUGAACGCUGUUUCGGCCAACUGAAACGCCGGUUUCCUAUCCUACAGUAUGUUUGCAGCGUAAAGUUGGAAAGUGGGCCGAAAAUAAUUAUUGCUUGUAUUGUACUCCAUAAUGUUGCAAAGAGCUUGGGCGAUCCUGACUUUGAGUUAGUUGAACAAGACCCAUGAAUGAACUUCCUCUCCGCCUACUUGAUCAACAAAUAAGAAGAAACUUGAGUAUUAUAAUAAAUAGUUUUACUGAUUAAAGUGUAUUCUAUUUUCGUGAACAUCAUAAGUUACAGGUGUCUUCUGACGCUGCAUCAU